AUGAUACAAGGAAGUGAAUUAUGUAUGGAAGAAGAUAAAUUAAAUAUCAAAAAUUGUAAACAUAAUAAUCAUGAUAGAAAUAUUUUUAAUAAAAAUAAUAUUAUAAAAAUUCAAAAUAAUAUUUAUCCAACUAUUAAUACAAAUAUACAAUUUUUAUUACAAAGUGUUUCAAAUGAGUUAGCUAAUAUAGAUGAAGAAUUUUAUGAUAUUUCAUCGACAAAAUUUAUUAAUGAAAAUGAUAAAAAAAUUAUUUAUGUUACAUUUGCUACAACAUCAACAAAAAUGUUUUUAAAAAAUUGGUUAUGUAAUAUUUAUGGUUUAGAGAAUGGUUUAACAAAUGCUACUAUUUUUAGAAAAGUUCUUUUAAUUAGUCUAGAUUCUGAUUUAUGUCAAGAAGUUAUCAAUGAAUAUAAAUUAUCUUGUCUAUACAUACCAGCAGGAAAGGAAUCUAAUAAAGAAAUUAAAACAAAUGAUAUUUUAAGAAAAUGGAAUAUAUUUGUUGUAGAUAUUUUAAAAACAAUACUUGAUCAAGAUAUUAAUAUAUUUUAUUUUGAUACAAAAAAUAUUUGGUUAAAAGAUCCAAAAAUGUUAUUAAAAAAUACAACAUUAAUUGAUGAUGCUGAUAUUGUAUUAUCUAAUAAGGAUAUAAUAGAUCACCCUUACCAUUUCUCUUCAAAUCCUUUACUUAUAUAUGCUACAAAAGCAUCAAAAAGAUUUUUAGCAAAAUUAAAUUUUAAUUUAAAAAUAUUAAAAAAUGAGGAGUUAUCAACAAAUAUUUAUAUUGAAUUAAUUAAUGAACUUUGUGAAAUUAUGUAUUACGGAACAGUUUGUAGAGAAUUUAGUAGAAAUGAUAUUUGUGAUAUGAAUUAUUGUAAUAGUUCAAAAUCAAAUAACAAUAAAAUGAAUCAAACAAUUAUCUUUAAUGACUUUAAUAUUUUGCUCAAUAAUUCACAAAAAUAUACUAUUAUGAAGAGAAGAAAUUUAUGGUUUUUAAAACCAGAUUAUUUAAAUGAAAAUAUAACUCAAUGUUCUUUAACAAAAGUUAAAAAAGUUAUUGAAUAA